UCUUCUACGACUUUACAGAGUCUUAUACUCAGAUUUGUAGUUAGAACUCCAUUACCUUCAACAUGAAAAUUGCUGUUGUCUUCCUGAUCGCAGCUGUAAGCAGCUGUUUCGAUGCUGCCAGUGUGCCACAAGGGAACUGUUUUCAGCAGCUUUUGCAGGAUGAUGCACCACUUCUGCUUGAAAAACUGAGUGAAUUGCUCUGUAACUACAAAUUGGCCCAGAAACAGCAAAAUAAUGCCCUCUUCUUGGCAUUUAUAAAUGAAGUGAAUGUACUUCUGGGAAAAGUCGGCUGUACCAUUAAUAACAUUCUUGGCAUAAAUGUGACACCAACACUUAAUAACGCCGAAACAAUAGCUGACCAGCUUGCAGCUUCAAUGUUUCAGUAUCUGGAAACACUUAUUGCAAAAGCAACCAAAUAUUUGGAAGAUAUUCCCAUUAUUGGCAACAUACUGAAUGACAAGAUCCUUACACAAGACAUCAGAAAUGUUGGAUGCGGAGUGUUGGCUGACAUAAUAACUGAGGUGGACAAAAUACUGAAAAUCGCUUCAAAUGUUGCACAAUCUCUUGGUAAAAACUAAGAAACUCCUCUGGCUGGUAAAUGCACCACACUGGGUUUUGAGAGAAGCAAAACCAAACGUUAGAUGCAAUAACAUUUCCAUAUAUAUGUCUCUUCUUAUUAAUCCAGCAGGCACUUGGCUUUUAAAGUUCCCUAAUAAAGAAACUAUAGCAAACCUAAA